CCAACCUCCUGAUGUUAUGUGAUAGUGUGAUACCAUGUGGCCAAAUUCUACAAGAAAGCCUGUGACAUAUUCGACUCUGAGUAUAGUCUAUGUAUAUUUGGGACUUUUCAGCGCAAACAAACCAGUUAUUCAUCAAUGACAAAGUGACAAAUGAUUCUCUUUGUCAACUUGGAAAGGAGCCUCGUAGUUUGUAGCUUCCUCUUUGAAGAAGGGCAUGUUUCAGCACGAUUUCAAGAAAUGAGGCUCCAUGAUCAGGACCUUAUGUGUUGAUUCCAGGCACAAGGAAGCCUUGUCCCUUUUCCAUCAAUACAUAAAGGGUUAUGCAGAUUUUAAACCCAAUCACAGUGUUGUUGCUUCCAUUCUCAAGUCUUGUUCUGCCCUAUUGGCUCUCAAAUUGGGCACAGCUCUCCAUGGCUAUGUUGUUAAGCAGGGCCAUGGUGCUUGCCAGGUUACAAACAAAGCGUUGCUUAACAUGUAUGCAAAAUGUGGCAAGCUUGUUGAAUGUAAUAAGAUGUUUUAUCAGCUCAGCCACCGUGAUUCUGUCAUUUGGAACAUUGUUCUAUCUGGGUUUUCAGGGUCCAUGAAGUACGAUUCGGUUGUGAUGAGGAUGUUUCAGACAAUGCACUCCAAUGGGGAGGCUAAGCCCAAUGCAGUUACUGUUGCCAUUGUCCUUCCUGUUUGUGCUCGUUUAGGGGAUGUCGACGCUGGAAGGAGUGUGCAUGCUUACGUUAUAAAGUCUGGUUUUGAGGCGGACACUCUUGCUGGGAAUGCUCUUAUGUCAAUGUAUGCAAAGUGUGGACUGGUAUCUCAUGAUGCAUAUGCUGUUUUUGACAACAUUGGUCACAAAGAUGUUGUUUCGUGGAAUGCAAUGAUUGCAGGUCUUGCUGAGAAUCUCUUGUUUGAAGAUGCAUUUACAUUGUUCAGUUCAAUGGUGAAAGGGCCAACACAACCAAAUUAUGCCACUACAGCAAAUAUUCUGCCUGUUUGUGCGUUGCUUGGUGAGAAUGUUGCAUACCAGUAUGGAAGGCAAAUCUACUCUUAUGUGCUGCAACGGGCUGAACUGUCGGCUGAUGUUUCUGUGUCCAAUGCUUUGAUUAGCUUCUACAUAAGAGUUGGUCGGAUGAUGGAAGCGGAAUCUUUAUUUUGGGCAAUGGAUGCAAGGGACUUGGUCUCUUGGAAUGCUAUUAUUGCAGGAUUCACAUCAAAUGGUGAAUGGUUUAAAGCGUUGAAUCUAUUGAGUAAUUUAGUAUCUCAAGAGAUGCUAUUGCCUGAUUCUGUGACUAUUGUUAGCAUACUUCCACUUUGUGCUCAAUUCAGAAACUUGCAGGUAGGGAAACAGAUCCAUGCAUAUAUCUUUAGACACCAUUAUCUUUUUGAAGAUACUACUGUUGGGAAUGCUUUAGUUAGUUUCUAUGCAAAAUGUGGCAAUACAGAGAAAGCAUAUCAUACUUUCAAUAUGAUACCUAGGAAAGAUUUGAUUUCAUGGAAUUCUAUUCUUGAUGCCUUUGGAGAGAAGAGGCAUCAUUCAAGAUUUCUCAGCUUGUUACAUACAAUGCUUAAACUUGGAAUUAGACCUGACUCAGUUACAGUAUUGGCUACCAUCCAUUUUUGUGCUUCUCUCUUGAGAGUAGAAAAGGUUAAAGAAAUACACACCUAUUCAAUUAAGGCUGGAUUUCUAGUUAGUGACAUUGCACCCGCAGUUGGAAAUGCAAUACUUGAUGCAUAUGCUAAAUGUGGUAACAUGGACUAUGCUAAUAGAAUGUUUCAGAAUCUAUCAGAGAAAAGGAAUCUGGUCUCGUGCAAUUCGAUGAUUUCAGGUUAUGUGGGUUUAGGAUCACAUCAUGAUGCAAAUAUGAUUUUUAGUGGGAUGUCUGAGACAGAUCUUACCACCUGGAAUCUUAUGGUUCGAGUAUAUGCCGAAAAUGAUUGUCGGGAUCAAGCUCUCAGACUGUUCUACAAGUUACAAGCUCGAAGGAUGAAGCCUGAUGAGGUGACUAUCAUGAGCAUCCUUCCGGUAUGCACACAAAUGGCAUCGGCACACUUGCUAACACAAUGUCACGGCUAUAUCAUUCGUUCUUGUUUUGAGGAUCUUCACCUAAAAGGAGCCCUCUUAGAUGCAUAUGCAAAAUGUGGUAUCAUAGGCUGUGCGAGUAAGCUAUUUCGCGCAAGUGCUACUAAGGACUUGGUUAUGUUUACUGCUAUGAUUGGCGGGUAUGCCAUGCAUGGUAUGAGUGAAGAAGCACUUGGAAUUUUUUCUGAUAUGCUUAAAAUGGGAAUCAAGCCAGAUCAUGUUAUCUUCACUUCUGUAUUAUCAGCUUGCAGUCAUGCUGGCCUUGUAAACGAAGGUCUGAAGAUAUUUUAUUCAAUGGAGAAAAUCCAUGGUAUGCAGCCAAAUGCAGAACAGUAUGUUUGCGUGGUGGAUCUCCUUGCUCGAGGUGGCCGAGUUAGGGAAGCAUAUUCUCUCGUCACCAAGAUGCCAAUUGAAGCUAAUGCCAGUCUUUGGGGGUCAUUGCUUGGUGCCUGCAAAAUCCAUCAUGAAGUUGAAUUGGGGCGCAUUGUAGCCAGCCAUCUGUUCAAAAUCAAAGCUGAUGACAUUGGAAACUACAUUGUUUUAUCAAAUUUGUAUGCAGCAGAUGCUAGAUGGGAUGGGGUCAUGGAGGUUAGAAAGAUGAUGAAGAAUAAAGAUUUGAAAAAGCCAGCAGGAUGCAGUUGGAUUGAAGUUGAGAGGAAACAUAACAUAUUUGUGGCUGGGGAUUGUUCCCACCCACAUAGAAGCAUUAUUUACAAUACUCUAUCUACAUUGGAUCAACAAAUUAAAGAUAUAUGUAAUUAAGUACCAUAAAACUGUUGGCAUUCAAAUAAUCACAU